AUGCGGGGUCUACGCAUACGUCUCACCUGCCUCCUCGGCAUCGCCGCCAUCUGUGGCUGCGUCAGCGCGGCCGGCGCCAGGAAGACGCCGCAGAUCCAGACGCUGCCUUCUCUGCGCGAGCAGGCCAAAGUCAUCGAUGGCUGGACCGAGGAGCGCCUGGAGCUCAUACCGGGGCUACUGCGCAAGUACGGCGUUGACGCGUGGCUGAUGAGCCAGCGCGAGUACGCCGAAGACACUGUCUUCUGGGCCCUCAAAGAAGCCACGCAGUCCUCAGCGCGCCGCCGCACCACAAUGCUUUUCGUCGCAGACCCGCCCGGAUCUUACACCUGGAUCGACAACACAAAGCAAGUGUGGGCUGACCUGCGGGAGCUCUUCGCGGAGCGGCGGCCCGAGACCGUGGCGCUGAACACGCACUCGGAGAUCGCGUUCUCGGGCGGCCUGCACGCGGGCGAGUUCGAGGCGAUUGUGGAGGGGCUGGGCGAGGAGUGGACGGGCACGUUCGUGCUGGAGCCCAUGUUGGGUGUCGAGGUUGUGGCAACUAUGGUGGGGAGUCGGCUAGAGUGGUAUAUGAAGAUGCAGGAGACGGCGUGGGCGAUUAUUGCGGAGGCGUUUAGUGAGAAGGUUAUCGUGCCGGGGAAGUCGUCGAGUUGGGACGUCGAGUGGUGGAUGCGAGAGAGGAUCCAGUCCCUCAACUACACGACUUGGUUCCAACCUGGCGUGUUUAUCUUGACUGGCGAGGGCUUCCCAGCGGUGACGAGUGAUGACCCGAGGGGUGAUGACCCGAGGGCACCAAAUCGCCCCAUCCGGUACGGCGACCUCAUACAUACCGACUUCGGCGUCACAGCCCUGGGCCUGAAUACGGACACACAGCACCUGGGUUACGUCCUAUAUCCCGGAGAGACGGAAGAAGACGUGCCAAAGGGUAUGAUCGACGGCCUGAAGAAGGUCAACAGGCUUCAGGAUAUCGUCAGGGAGAACAUGAAGAUUGGUGUGACGGGCAACGUGAUACUGAAGGCGGCUCUCGCACAGAUGCACGAUGAGGGUAUCGAGGGCAAGAUCUACUGCCAUCCCACCGGGGAGUGGGGCCACUCGGCAGGAACAGUCAUUGGCAUGUCGAACCUUCAAAAGAACGUGCCAGUUCUAGGGGACCUGCCGCUGCUGAAGAACACGUACUACAGCAUCGAGCUUUUUGCCGAGCACUUCGUCCCGGAGAGGAACAUGACAAUCAAGUUUGCACAGGAGGAAGAUGUGUACUGGGAUGACGAGACGAGCAGCUGGGAGUGGGUAUAUGGGAGACAAGAAGAGCUUCUCCUGAUCAGGACCCCGGCUGAGGAUGCUUCUCAGGGGCCGGCAGAACUGUAG